AUGUCACUCUUCUCUCAAAGAAGAAGUGCAAGCAGCCUUCUCCUUCCUGAGGAAAUUUGCAGUGCUUGCUGUGGUCACGCUCUGCCAGAGAUUUGUUCUGUGAGGGGUUGCAGACCCCACGAGGUGGUGAAGACCAGGCUCAGCGUUCGCAACAUUUGCUGCGACGCCGAAGUCCGGCUCAUCAAGCGCAUUUUGGAACCGCUGAAGGGCGUGGAAACCGCGCAUUGUCCAAUUCCCUGUUGCCUUGCGCCGGAAGCCAUCCUCGAUCGCUUGAACAAGUCGGGGCUGGGCGCUGCGCUGCUGGGUGCCCCCGGCAAGCACUGGACAGAGAGGGACGAUGUUUCCAGCGAUCGUCAGGGUGCAGGAGCUGAUGACGACAUCAUCGAGUUUGACUUUUUGCUUUGGUUCCAGCUGCACAUCCGCCAUCUUUCCGUCCUGCUGUCUGGACUUCUGCUGAUCAUUGGAAACUCAGCUGCGUUUCGCCCACCUUCGUUGUGUGGCCUUGCCUUAGCACGGUCAAACUCACUAUCAUUGAACAACGCCCAGGUCGUGAUCGCCACUGGAGGUGCCGUGGCGCAGGGAGAGAUGGCAGAUGCUGCUUUGGUCAUUGUCCUCUAUAACUUGGCCAAGGUGAUUGAGCAAAUUGCCAUGAGUCGUGUAUCCAAGGCCUUCAGAGCCUCUGAGCAGUACCUGUCAGGAGAUGUGAUUUCCUUGCGUCCGGGUGAAGAAUGUCCUGCCGACGGAGUGGUGACUCGAGGAUCAGCCUCCUGUUCCGAAGCGGCGAUCACUGGUGAAGCACGUCCUGUGGAGAAGAAGAAGCAGCACAAGAUUGCAUCAGGAUGUGUGAUCUUAAACGGAUAUGUCGAAGUGACCUUGACCAAAGACUAUUCGAAUUCGACCCUCUCGCAGAUUGAAGCGAAGGUGGAAGAAGCUCAAAUGCAGAGGACUGGCAAACAACUUGUCUUAGAGAGAUUUGCUCGCAUUUGGACGCCUGUCGUCCUGUUGACAGUCCUCAUUGUGUGCACAGUGGUGCCCUUGAGCACUGGGGAGAGCUUUCAUGAUUGGAUCCACCGUGGUUUGGUGAUCCUACUCACUGCAUGUCCUUGUGCUAUCGUUAUUGGUGCUCCUUUGGCCACCACGUGUGCGAUUGCAGCUGCUGCCACCCGUGGAGUGCUCAUCAAGAAGCCACAGACAGUGGAGCUGCUGCCGUCGAUUCGCUCUGCCGGUCUGGACAAGACCGGGACGCUCACCAAAGGUGAUUUGGACCCUCUCAAGAUGGCUGCAGCUGUGGAGAUGAAAUCCGCUCAUCCCAUCAGUGCGGCCAUCGUCUCGAAGGCCGUGGGCUGCGUGGGCGAGGCCUUCGAAACCGCCGACGAGCCAGCCGUGAAGAAGUUCAAAAACCUCCCAGGCGUCGGCGCGCAAGGCAAUGUAUCUUUUGGAUCGAAAACGGCGAGUGUUCUCGUUGGAAAUCAUCGAGUCUUGGAAGCUGUCGCGGAUCCCGGGGCCAGAUCCAUGUUCGCCAAUUUUCAGCGAUGUCAUCCCCACGACACUACUGUGGCGGUGGUGGUGAACGGCACCUUGCGGCUUGGCAUGGCACUCAACGACACUAUCCGCAGCGAUGCAGCCAAAGUGGUCGAGGAAUUGAACGCUUUGGGCUGUGAACCAGUCAUGUUGACCGGCGAUGCGGAAGCAGCCGGAAGGCAUGUUGCCAUUGCGACUGGUUUGGAUCCGUCUGUUUGCUACUUCUCAAUGCAUCCAGAGGACAAGCACGAUUGGGUUCAGAAGCAGGAAGACUCAGGCAAGCCUGCACUGAUGCUCGGUGAUGGCAUCAAUGAUGCGACAGCGCUCGCCAUUGCGAGCGUCGGCGUCGCCAUGGGUGAGACAUCGGCAGCGUUAGCAGCGAACUCGGCUGAUAUGGUGAUGAUGACCGACAAGCUGCAACGACUCUCACAGUGCAUCAGGCUUUGUCGCUAUGCCGUUUGGAUUGAGCGGUUGAACAUUAUCCUUCCCUGCCUGGUGAAGAUUGUGGAGGUUGGCUUCGCAUUAUUUGGCUAUUUGGCCUUAUGGAUGGCUAUCGUAGCUGACUUGGGCGGUUUAUUGCUCGUUCUCAUCCUUGGCUUGAGCGUUUUAUCUCAACGCUUCUGGAGAGAGAUCGCCGAUUCACCCGAGUACGCGGACGCUGAGCUGCAAAGUCGAAGUAUUCUUGGUGUGAACAAAACCCGUUCCGCUCCGUGCAUUGCUUGGAGUCAGGUCCUGUUGAAUCAUUCCGGAAGUAUCCUGAAGCAGUUUGCUCCCGGCGAACUCAUCUCCUUGACUGUGGACGAGGUGUUGACCGCUGCAAAGACUGAUGAGUUUGGAGAUUCGGAUUCCAGGCUGCGUUUGACUGGUGCGGACGUGAAGAUUCACAUCUUCUAUACCAACAAGGUGCGCCAACGUCGCCGCUCGCGCCGGUCGCGCCAACGAAGCCGACCUCAGGGCUAUUGCCAGAUGGAUCUAAAGAGUAUGACGAUCGUGUUCAUUUGGCUCCAGGUGCCGUCAUUUGUGAUGUAUCUGAUGGCCACCUUCAUGCUCGGCACACUCUCGCGAGUGUACUCCAGUGUCAUGCACCAGCAGGGUGGCCUCAUUGACAGCACAGCAGGCAUCGCCGCCAGGCUGUUGAAUUAUAGCUCAACUUUCAAAGACUUGCAAGAUGACAAGGGAGGUGUGACAAAGCAGCGCAUGCUCCGACGCUUCAACUACAUCCUGGCGCAUGAAGAUGACCUGGAUUCCAAUGAGAGAGAGAAGUAUGUGGACUUCGUGUACAAGCGCGUCCUGGUGGAUGGUGCAAGGGCCUCGAUUGAUGGGCUGCGCCUGUGCGAGCGGCGAACCUUUGUCCUUCGAGGUGAGGAGUACAUGAAGAGCGGGUCCAGACUCACCGAUGUUUUGAUGGAGAAUGACAACUUGCAGUCCCGCUGCGCAGAAGUGACGCAAAGCCUGGAGAAAACAUUGGAAGUGGCGGCUUCUGUGAUCACAGCUGGUGCAGAAGACGGUGCUCGCGCAGAGAUCUAUUGCGACGAGGUCCAGAGGAUAGGAAAAGCCACGAAGAUGUCACCGCAGAUCUGGCUUGAUGGCAGCGUCUAUGCAGGUGAAUGGGUUGGAACCGUGAGGCCCGUCUUCCCCUGCAGCCGUUUGGGUGGGGUGAUGUCGGGCUCGGGCCUAGUAUCAUGGUGCUCGGCCCUGGUGUCCAAAGUGGGGGCUGUAGAUACCAUCGCCGAGUAG